AUGUCAGUUUGUGUUAAGAACCCCAAUAGAGUUACACUUAAAGGGCAACAAACUUUAGCGUUUGAACCCAAAAAGGAUGGGGAGGAAGGGUUUCAGCUUGUACCAACAGCCUUUACUGUUGAGGCUUCUAGGAAGGCACUCGCUGAAAUGGUUAUAAUAGAUGAGUUGCCUUUUAAGUUUGUUGAAGGGUAUGGAUUUCAAAGAUAUUCGACAACCUUACAACCUAAGUUGCGAAUUAAGGAUAUCCCAUCUCGUCAAACUGUGGCUAGGGAUGUGAUUGGCAUUUAUGGUGUUGAGAGAGAGAAACUAAGGGGGGCCUUGAAGGGUCGUAGGGUGUGUCUUACUACGGACACAUGGACUAGUAUUCAAAAUCUGUGUUAUAUGUCCCUUACAGGACAUUUUAUUGAUGAUGAUUGGAAGUUGCAUAAGCGAAUUUUGAAUUUUUGUCAAGUUGAAGACCAUAAGGGGGAGACUAUAGGGAGAAAGAUUGAGAUGUGUUUGCAUGAGUGGGGUAUUAAUGGCAUAUUCACUUUAACAGUGGACAAUGCUAGCUCAAAUGGUGCCACCAUUAAGCUUUUGGAAAAUGUAACUAAAGAUUGGGAGGGGACUGUUUUAGAACAUGAGUUCUUACACAUGAGGUGUUGUGCACAUAUCCUAAAUCUAAUUGUGGGGGAUGGUAUGAGAGAAAUUGAUGCAUCCAUUGCUAAGGUGCGUGAAGCUGUGAGGUAUGUGAAGUCCACACCAAAUAGGAAUCAAACUUUUGUGGGUCUUGUGGAGAGAUUAGGUAUUAAGUCUAAGUCCCUUCUUUGUCUAGAUGUACCAACUAGGUGGAACUCUACCUACCUCAUGUUAGAAAUCGCACAAAAAUUUAAGAAAGUGUUCCUACGAAUGGACUAUGAGGAUGAUAGUUAUUUUUCAUAUUUUAUGAACAAGGAGAAUAGUGGUGGUAUGGGAUCUCCUAGUGGUAUUGAUUUCUAA